CUGCUCCUCCACCAGGCUGUCGCAGUUUCCCCUCGCACAGCAGAUGAUUAGCUAUGUCUGAGACUGAUCGACGGGCAGAUGGACGGGCGCAACGUGUUCGAGCUCGGAGGAACAAAGCUAAUGCUCGAGAGAGGCAUCGUAUGCAUGGACUCAAUGCUGCACUUGAUCGUCUACGCAGAUGCAUCCCACUGCAAAGUCCCACUUCACCUCUUUCGCCAGCAUCCCAGCAGCAACAAAAAUUGUCCAAAAUUGAAACACUGAGACUUGCACGUAAUUACAUAUGGGCAUUGGCGCAAGUGUUGGCGGAAGGUCAUCCAAUGGAAGGUAACAGGCUCCUAAGAGUCCUUUCAAGAGGUCUGAGCCAGGCUACUGCAUCUCAACUGGCAGCAGCACUUACCUCUCAGGGCUGCCAACUAGCAACAGGCUGGGGUCUCAAUCAAAUAUAUAGUUGUGAUAUGCAUGAAAUACACAAUACCAUCUACAAUGGAAAUGUGUCUGCACUGAGCAAUGGAUACUGUCCUGGCUUCUUACCACAACAGGCUGAUGGCAACCUCUUAUACAGUUGUCCACGCCAAGGCAUAUCAUGUGGUUACAGUGGUGUAGAUUGCCACUGGGAUGAUCAGGACACAUCAUCAUCCUUCACAUCUGUCAAUCUGAGUUCUCAGGACUCAUCACCUGAGCACACUUACACCUACCAGGCACAAGCAUGCUGCUAUCAGUGGUAAAAUGUGUCCAAACUAGUCCUUGUAUCUGUACAAAC